AUUUGUGCUCGAUGAGCAGAUGUUAUCGUUUGCCCCGAAUGUAAUUUUGCUUUUGUUUUGUACUGAGAAGGAAAUCAAUCAUCUUGAGACCGACGCUCGUUAGCAACAUUUCCGGGUGUUCCCGAAUGCAACACGGCCCCCCCUCCGGCGGUUGUGAGCCAAUCAGAAGCGAGAAAGCGAUUUCUGUUGGAGAUGACCGCAAAACUGCCGAGCGACCGUCUGCCGCCUCUCGCUGCCUCUCGCUCGCUUCUCGACGUCGGCACCGCACGGAGCAACAGGGUCUCACCUCCGCUCCGGUGAGGGGCGCAACAAAAACUCUUGCUUUUCGACUUAUUUGAAGAAAGCUUGUUUUUCUCAUUUGUAUUGUUUCGAUCAGACAGUCAGUCGCGUGGUGGCCAAACGGACCGCCCUUCAUAGAGUAGCUCGCUGGUCAACGUUUGCAUUUUUUUUUAAGUUUGCUUUUAAAGUUACAUUUUGAACACAUAACCUUCCGAGUAAUGUGUCAGCUGGCGUGUUUUGUCUGACAGCUCCCACAUACACAGGCGGCGAGCGACCUUCAUUGCAGCGCUGUCAUUUUGAUGGAGUGAGACGUGGCUUCCGACUGAUUUGGUGAAUCAGCAAUCGCCGUCUUGGCAUCCGCUGCCUGACCUUCAUCGUCGUCGUCAUCCAAGCGCCAAAUGGACGCCAUCGACACCUUACGGAGCUCCGCCCCGGAGACCAAAGCCGAACGGAUCGCCCGCUACAAAGCCGAGCGGAGGCGGGAGCUGGCCGAGCGCUACGGCGCCCCUGACGAAUUCGCCUCCAAGUACGUCCGCAGUCGGGAGAGGAAAAUUGCGGAUUCCUCCGAAACGGCAGCCAAGGAGAAGGAAAAAUGGGAGGACGGCGGGUCGGAGCAAACGUACGCCAGGAGAGGCCCCAAGAGUCAAGUCGAUAUCGAAGCGGAUUGCGGGAUGGAGAAAAGCGCUUUCCUGAAGCGGGGCACUCGCGUGACUUCUGACACAGAAGUUCAGCCUUCCAUCGAGACGUCAACCGAUAUGAGGCAUCUGGGCGCCGAUGACACGGACGAGUCCAAGGUUGACCGCAAGACUUGGGACAGGCCGACUUACACCGCCGAGAUGUCUCGAAAGGAUCAGCGGGACGCAAGCCACGGCCGAGUGAGGCGUCACCGGGUCGACGACGGCGAUGGAGAGGAAACCCCGAGCCGCCAAGAAAUGGAAGAGGAAGACGCCGUUGAGGUGCCUUCGUUGAAGGAGCGGCGCGAAGAAACCAGGACGCCCUCGCUGCAGCGCCAGGACUCCGGGCCAAAAGGCAUCAAGGGAAUCCUGAAGAAAAGCCGCUCCACCAGCGUGGAGUCCGACCAAAGCGAGGGAGCGCCGCUCCCACAGAGCGGCAUCGCGCUCGGUGGCCCCGAGAGCCAAGACGCGGAGGAUCGCGAUCGGCCGGACUCGGAGGAAGAUGCCGACGAGGAGGAACGCGAGCGAGACGACGACGACUCGUUUCCGGACGACGUCGCGGACGGGGGCGACCUCGGCGGCUCGGAGGACAUGCGCAGCCCCUCGCCGGACGAGAGCCUGGACGCGACGUCGUCGGUGUCGGAGGACACCGAGGAGGCGGACAGCUUGGACGGAAGCCAGGGCUCCUCCACCAAACAGAGACUCGCCGAGUUCAGCGCCGGGGACGGCGAAAAGAGGGAAUGGUCAAAGAAGCCCAAACCGUCGGAAGUGAUUCAGACGUCGCUGGCCGAUCGCUUCACCCAGCUCCACCAUGCUGAGAACGCAUGGAAGAAAAAGAAGUCCAGCGUGGAUGCGUCGCCCAAGAUGUCGCUGGCUGAGAGGAUGAAGGUCCUCAAGGACAAAGAGGAGCAGUGGAAGAGCAAGGGCAAAGGAGCGGCCAACGACUCGGUCCAGUUCACCGUCGCCGGACGCAUGGCCAAGAGAGGUCUCGUGUCCGAAACGGGGAAGGGCGAGUCCCGUCUUACUCCCAUGAAGAAGUCCAACGCCGCGCCUGCAAAGCCGCUGGAAGAAAUCUCCAGUCGCUCCGACGUCAAGGUGGAAGGAGACAAAAGGCUGGACAAACUGGAGUCCUUCCUGGACAAACUUCACAGUCAAGGCGCGAGCAAGAGCACCACGUCCACCAUCGAAGUGACGGCAGAGGCCGAGAAGGAAGUGAUGGCCUUGGACGACGACGAGACCUUCGGCAGCUUCUUCGCGUCCGUCUCGCCCUCGGCCCUCCGGGACGUGCUCGUGACCGAGGAGGACCUGAGCCACGUCCAGGCCAACGCGCCCAAGCUCACGUCGGCCGUGGCCCAGCACAGGCGCGCCGUGCGGCCCUACAGGAAGAACCGAGGCUCCAGGAACCCUCUGAGAGCGCUGGCCGCCCGCAACGACAUCCGGCGGGUCUACACCGAACAGAGGCUCAACAUUGCCAAAGUGGAGAGCAAGCGGAUCCAAGUGGAGCGCAUGGCCAAACACUCCAACAUGGCUGACGUGGCCUUGGCGGGCCUGGCCAGCAAGGAGAACUUCCGCAAGGUCAACCUGCGCAGCGUCAAGUCCACCGACGUGGUCACCAACAACAGCGCGCUGCCCUUCAACAAGCUCAUGCUCAUUCGCAUCAAAGGUCGGAGGCACGUGCAGGUGCGCCUGGUGGAGCCCGCGUCCAAGUCCCUCAACAGCGGCGACUGCUUCCUUCUCAUCACGCCCAAGCAUUGUUUCAUGUGGAGCGGCGAGUUCGCCAACGUCAUCGAGAAAGCCAAGGCGGCGGAGAUGGCGUCCUUCGUCCAGGCCAAGCGGGACCUCGGGUGCAAAGCCUGCCAGGUGACGGUGCUGGAGGAGGGCAUCAACGCCGACAGCAAGUGGGCCAAAGACUUCUGGACGCUGCUGGGAGGAAAGAGCCAAUAUCCAGGGGCGGGGGAGCCAGAGGAGGACGAGCUGUACGAGAGCGGCGUGCUGGACUCCAAUGGAGUCUACAGGCUGCAGGGAGACAAACUGGUGCCUCACGAAGACGCGUGGGCCUCCAUCCCAAGUGUCACCUUGCUCGAUUCCAAAGAGGUUUUGGUGUUUGACUUUGGCGGCGAGGUGUACGUGUGGACCGGCAAGGAUGUGCCUUUGGGAGACAGAAAGGUUGCGGUCAAGCUGGGCAAACAGCUCUACGGUGGCAGCUACGACUACAGCAACUGCAGGGUUAACCCUUUAGAUGCCUCCUGCGCCGACAGCGACGUUCCACAGCAAGGAGAGGGCCGCCCAAGCUGGACUCUGUUUGGCCGCCUGUCGGAGCACAAUGAGACGUCGCUGUUCAGAGAGAAGUUCCUGGACUGGGCCGAGAGGGGGAAGGAGGAGGCCGCUGUGACAGAGGAGGUCAAGAGCCCGGUCCACUCCAGCGCCCGCCCCCCGCCCGACCUGGACCUGCAGCCGUGCGACGCCGGCGCCCUGCUGCGCAACGAGCCGCCGCCGGUCAGCACGUUCCUGGAGGGCGUGGACGUCCAGCGGGGCCACGGGGUGGUGAGGACGGAGGACGGCCGGCAGGCCGAGUUGUCCACGGUGGCCGUGGACGCCUGGCAUAUUAAGGAGUACGGCGAGGAGGAGGUGCCGAAGGAGAGCCUGGGGCAGCUCCACCAAGGGGAUGCUUACAUCAUCCGAUGGAAGUACUCCAUCACCACGCUUGUGGGGAAGCGGCAGAAACCCGGAGAGCUGAGUGCCGGCGUCGCGGGCAGGGAGAGGACGGCUUGCUUUUUCUGGCAGGGCCUCCACUCCAGCGUCAGCGAGAAGGGAACCUCGGCGCUCAAGACGGUGGAACUGGGCAGCUUCAGGGGAUCGCAAGUGCUCGUGAGUCAGGGGAAAGAGCCUCCGUGCUUCCUGCAGCUCUUCCAAGGUGGCUUGAUCAUCCACAAGGGCGGCCGCGACGACUCGGUCAACAGAUGGGAACGUUGGCGGUUGUUCUGCGUUCGCGGCGAAGCAGAGGCGGAGGCCACGCUGUUGGAGGUGGAGUGCAACGGCGCCAGCCUGCGCUCGCGGGCCGUCCUCGUCCUGCUCCACGCCCGAGAAGCUCGUCUCUUCGUCUGGCACGGCUGUAAAGCGCACGUCGGUGCCAGGCGGGUGGCCAAAAAGGCCGUGGACCGGCUGAGCCGAGGGUGUCCUUCCGAGUUGGGCCUGAGCGGCGGCAGCGUGAAAGUUGAGGAGGUGGAGGAAGGAAGUGAGCCUGCGGAAUUCAAGAAGGUUCUCGGCUUGCAGGACAGGAAGUCCUACGACUGCAUGCUUCAAGACCCCGGCAAGUACAACCACACCCCUCGGCUGUUCCGGCUGAGCGCCAGCUCGGGCCUGUUCGAAGGCGAGGAGCAGCUGUACGCCGCCAGGGUGACGGAGGGCGUCGCGGCCAUGCCCUUCCUGCAGGAGAACCUCUACUCGGCACAGCAGCCCGCUCUCUUCCUGCUGGACAACCGCAUGGAGGUGUACCUGUGGCAGGGCUGGCAGCCCGAGGAGGAGCGCUGCACGGGCUCGGCAAAGAUGCGCUGGGACAACGAGAGGAAGUGCGCCAUGGAAACCGCGCUGCAGUACUGCCAAGAAAAGAGCUCUCGGCGCCCCCCGCAGGCGUAUCUGGUCACGGCGGGCUGCGAGCCUCUCACCUUUACCAAUAUCUUCCCUUACUGGCAAACGGACCCCAGCGUUGGCUCCAAGACCGAGGGCUCCAAAAACAAAGUGACCUUAGUCAAGGAGGAGCUGUCCAAGCUCAGUAAGCUCCGGUACUCUCUCGAGGAGCUCACCGGGUCGCCCCUGCCCGACGGAGUGGACCCUCUCCGACUGGAGGAUUAUCUCUCCGACCAGGACUUCAAGAAACUCCUGGAGAUGAGUCGGGUGGAGUUCAACGCCUUGCCAAACUGGAAGCAGAAGAACCUGAAGAAAAGCAAGGGUCUCUUCUAAAAAAAA